AUGUACGUCUGGUCCGUCUGGUCAGAGCUGGGCGGUGCGGUGGGCGACCUGGGCACCUACAUCCCUAUCGUGCUCGCGCUGUCGUUGGCGUCCCACCAUGACCUCGGCCCCCCGCGCCCUUGCACCCCUUGCCCAGUGUCCCCAACCUUUUCUUCCACCUUUGCACGAGUGUCCUCUGUUCAUCUUAGCUUCAUCAUGGAGCAAGAAGAGGCAGCGCGGGACCGAAAGCACGCCGUAGAGGCAGUGGAGAAGAAGGACGAGGUGGUCAUCCCCGUCAAGCUCGACAAGUUCAGGAGCCAGGCAUCCACCGAAGGAGGCGCCACCAUUAGCGAAGGCUGCAGCGUCAACCCUAGCCAGGACGUGAGGCGGUGCUACUCCAUAGGGACCUACGAGUACGUCAUGGACGAGAUCUCCCUACUCCACGUCUCCGUGAAGCCGCUAGACAAGAAGCGGCCUACGACGCGCAUGCCGGGGCACUGCGUGGCCAUGUCGGAGUGCGACUGCAACUCCAAGCGGGAAGGCUUUCAUGGCUUCGAUGCACUGCCCAAGCAGCCGCCACCGUCGAAGGUCACGGUGGACAAGAGGGAGAGGUUUUCGAUCUCCAAGAUAUGGAUGCGAGGCGGGCUGAGGAGGAAAGACAGUGCCAUCAUUGCCUCGUCAUGCUCGACCUCGCGCCACAUGUCCUCUUCCGUCUCUCCUCGGUGCCCUAGCGCACGGUGA